AGUUGCUCCAGUGUUGUUGUUUAUCACAACACUUUCCUCACGGUAUGAUCGGUAUGGAACCUCAAGGAGUACAAAAUAUCUGUCGAUUUUGUCUGUGCCAGGACGAAAAUCUGCUCCGUCCUAUAACCAGAACACUAAACACCUCACUUACACUCGAAGAUAUCGAAAGUUUCAGUGGUUUAAAGAUAAACGCGAAGGAAAGUAUGUAUUAUGUGAUAUGUUUUAGAUGUGCACAAACAUUAAGAAGUUGCUCCAACUUUCGUCAAUCUUGCUUGAACAAUGAUGCACAAUUUCAAGAGCUGCUCGAGGUGUUAAUUGUCAGUGCUGAAAAUAUCCCGUGUGAAACAGUUGAACUAUUAGAGGUUGAUGCAAACGAUCCGUUAAAUUUACAUUUUGAUGUUGCUCACUAUGAUGAUGAUGGCAAUGAUGACGACAAUGUUGGUGACGAUGAUGAUGAUGAUGAUGAUGAUGAUGAAGAUGAUAUUGUCACCAGGAGACACCAGAAGUCCUACAAACAGGAAACAGAAACUUAUUCUGCUAAUAGAAUUGAUAUCGGUGAAUAUUCUUCCUCCGACAACGAUGAGCCAGAGCAUCAGUAUAAGCGUCCGCGAGCAUACAAUAGCAAAGAGAAUGAAUUACAUUGUUAUGGUAUAGCAUCACGUGACAGUCCCUUAGAGGAGGAAAAACUAAAGACGAACGUAAUUAACACAAAACGAACCAGAGAAUCUUACGCUCCGCAAGUGCUAUGCUGCGAGUGUGGUAAAUUGGUAACAAACAUUUCAUAUCACAAGCAACUGCAUAGAAACGAAAAGAAGCACGCUUGUCCACACUGUCCGAUAAAAAUGACCAGUAAAGGAAAUCUUGUGAAGCAUAUACAAGCUGUGCAUCUUAAACUCAUAUGCAAAACGUGCAAACUGUGCGGCAAAGGUUUUACCAGCAAUAAUUCAUACCUAUCGCACAUGCUUACUAAACAUGGCAUUGGGAAACAAUCCAAGUGCAAUGUGUGCUCGAGAUUAUUUAAUCACCGAUCGAGCUUGGCUGAUCACAUGCAGAGAACUCAUUCGGAUGUAAGGAAUUUGGAAUGUGAGACUUGUGGCAAGUUGUUCAAAAUGCGAAGAGCGCUGACGAUUCACAUGCGUGUUCACUCCACGGAACAACCGUACCAGUGUAGGCAAUGUCCAAAGCGUUUUAAAAGUAGUUAUGCUAGAAACAUUCACGAAAUGACACAUAGUGGCAUAGUGUUUGAAUGCGGCAUUUGUGGCAAAACGUACCGCUACAAAUCACUUCUCAACAUGCACAUCAGAAAGCAGCACCCGAAAGUGAUGGUUGAGAAUGAAGAGGAACCGGAAGGGCCCAGCAUUAGCUAUGAGUGA